AUGCGACGCCAACUUUCAGCAGGAGGAAGACCCUCCUCAAGUAGACCGUACCACAAAUGCGAACUAUCGCCGUACGACAAAAACUACCGGGGUUGCAUUAAAUCUGACCAGAGAGAUCUAAUCUUUGAGCACCAGCGUGUGGCUAAAAUGUCCAGGAGAGACUUGGAGGAUAGCUACAUCUCCCUCUGCGAUGAACACUUCACCCUGAAGAGAGAGAAUCACGCUAAUCAGGAGAAGAUCAAGAGACUAAUCACUAAGCUACUGAGGAUUACAUCCUUUGACAUUAAGAGCACAUCCAAUCGCAGCAGAGAGACCCUUUCCGUGGAGGAACGUGUCCAGCUGAGAAUAUUCGACUUGGAGAUGCAAAAUUCCCAGCUAAGGGAGAAACUUUGUGGUAUUUGCAAAAAAUACGGCCUUCCUCUGCCCUCUACGCGUCCAGCAUCGGAAAUGAGGGAUCAUUUUGGGCUGAGUCUCGAUCGUCACAAUUCCGGGAGUAGGCUUACCUUCGAUGAUCCCACACAGUCACCCAAAGAUGCAAAAAGUGUCGCCAAUGGAGUGGAGAAAUCUUCAAAUGAUGAGGAAUCUCUCACGGGACACAAGGAGAGAAUUGAAGAACUAACAAAUGAGCUUGAGAGCCUCAAGGAAGAACUAAAGGAUGAGCAUAGAAAGAACAAAGAACUCUUCAAUCAGGUCUCUGAAUUGCGACUCAGGAAGCACAUUGCUGAGAAUGUUCAGCUGAUUCACAUCCGGGAAAAAUUGGAUGAGCUCAAGAAGGAAUUCAAGAGUAAAUCCGACAAAAUGGAUGAGAUUAUUAAGCAAAGUGCAACGGCGCUCAGUGAGGAGAAGCGCAAGAAUGGGGAGCUGCAGAAGAAACUCACGGAACAAGCUGAGAAGAGUGAAAGAUUCUCCAGGCAAAUUACAGAGCUGGAGGAUUCAAAGAGACUCGUUGAGGAAUUGCGAGAACAACUGACGGAGGCGGAAUCUGAAAAGCAAUCCCUGAAGACACAGCAGGAGCGCUUCUCAAUGCUCCUCAAGGAGACAUCGACUAAAAGUGAAAAGUUCCACGUGCUACAGACGAAGAAUGAUGCCCUACAGGCAAGUCUCGAUGAAGCCAAAUCCAGUGUUAUUGCUUUGCUGCACUCAAAGUCCGAACUGGUGGAGAAGAUUGUCUCCCUGCAGAAUGACUACGAUAGAAUCUCCGUGGAGCUGGAGGGCUUCCGGAGUCGUGCACAAUUUCUCACGGAGGAAAAUGAGAGCUUAAAUGAGAAACUGCACAAGAUCACAAUUGGUCAGGAAGCCCUACAUGUGGGCAAGGAGUUAUUGGCGCCAAAAGUGUGUGAAAGCGGAGCAAAAAUGUGCACGUCGAUCAUGAGCACUACAAGCGAUGGAUCGAGAUCCGACACAUCUGUCUCCCUCACUUCCGAUGCAUUUGCCGUGAGUUCCGACAUUCCCAGCACAGCCAGGAAUAUGGAUAGUUUUGAGAGUAGGAAGAGAUUGGAAGUUCUGGAUAGGGCAGCGUACUACCAACCUUGUUCCCUGCCAUCUCCCGAAAGCACCAUUGAUGACCUAAGAUUGCCACCAAAGUGA